AGGAACUGUAUUUAAAGGGCCAGAAGGUUGAGAACCACUGCCUUAGGCUAUCCUCUUCAGUGUUUUUGUGAAAGUGUGUGGAAACGGGGAAUGGAAAUUUUAGGGAGAGGGUGGGACUUACUCAUAUUUUUGAGACGUUGUGGACAGAAAACACGCAUGGAGAUGGAAGUUCGGUGACGGAAGUUAAGGGGAAUGGAUUCUUGUUUCAUCCUCUCGUUUGCCACUCUCACCAAAUCUCUCUUUUGGCUCCAGGACCAGGAUGUGGGUAGAGCUGGGUGGAAGGCAGGUUUGCUUAGUUUCAGAGCAUUUGUGCUGUACAGUGGAAUGGUAGGCUGUGUGCUGGGACUUGGACUGGGGUGGUGAGGUGUGCUGUCCCUGUGCUAAGACAUUCUGGCGCGGCUGCCCCACUGGCACGGCCAAGGGGCGGUGUGAACGCUCUGGAAAUAAGAACGGGUCCUGUCUGGGCAAGAGAAACGCCUUGGAGACUGACGUCUAAUAUGCUGAGUGGUCUGGGGUCCACAUAGGAAUAGUGUCCAUAUCUCAUACCCGUGAAUGCCUCUGCUCCCCUUCAAGGUAGAACUUCCUCCAUCUUGGAGUCGUGAAGGGUACGUAACUCGAGUAUGUCAGGUUCGGAGAUCCCACCUGCUUUUUAGCCAUGAAGGAGACAGACCGGGAGGCUGUGGCAACAGCGGUCCAAAGGGUUGCUGGGAUGCUUCAGCGCCCGGACCAGCUGGACAAAGUGGAGCAGUAUCGCAGAAGAGAGGCCCGGAAAAAGGCCUCCGUGGAGGCCAGAUUGAAGGCAGCUAUCCAGUCUCAGUUAGAUGGGGUGCGCACAGGCCUGAGCCAGCUCCACAAUGCACUGAACGACGUGAAGGACAUCCAGCGGUCCCUGGCCGAUGUCAGCAAGGACUGGAGGCAGGGCAUCAACACCAUCGAGAGCCUCAAGGACGUGAAGGAUGCUGUGGUGCGGCACAGCCAGCUCGCUGCUGCUGUGGAGAACCUCAAGAACAUUUUCUCAGUGCCAGAGAUUGUGAGGGAAACCCAGGACCUCAUAGAGCAAGGGGCGCUCCUGCAGGCCCACCGGAAGCUGAUGGACCUGGAGUGCUCCCGAGACGGGCUGAUGUACGAGCAGUACCGUAUGGACAGUGGGAACACUCGUGACAUGUCCCUCAUCAACAGCUAUUUUGGGAGCACACAGGGGCUCUCUGAUGAACUGGCGAAGCAACUGUGGAUGGUGCUACAGAGGUCGCUGGUCACCGUCCGCCGUGACCCCACCUUGCUGGUGUCCGUUGUCAGGAUCAUUGAAAGGGAAGAAAAGAUUGACAGGCGCAUACUUGACCGAAAAAAGCAAACUAGCUUUGUUCCUCCAGGGAGGCCCAAGAAUUGGAAGGAGAAUAUGUUUAAAAUCUUGGACAAAACUGUAAUUACCAGAAUCGAGGGCACACAGGCUGACACCAGGGAGUCUGACAAGAUGUGGCUUGUUCGCCACCUAGAAAUCAUAAGGAAGUACGUCCUAGAUGACCUCAUCGUUGCAAAAAACCUGAUGGUUCAGUGUUUUCCUCCCCAUUAUGAGAUUUUCAGGAAUCUCUUGAGCAUGUACCACCAGGCCCUGACAAUACGGAUGCAGGAGCUUGCAUCAGAAGACCUAGAAGCAAAUGAGAUUGUGAGCCUGCUGACUUGGGUUUUAAACACCUACACGAGCACAGAGAUGAUGGGAAAUGUGGAGCUGGCCCCAGAAGUGGAUGUCAGCACCCUGGAGCCUUUGCUUUCUCCAAAUGUGGUCUCUGAGCUCCUGGACACAUACAUGUCAACUCUCACUUCAAACAUCAUUGCUUGGUUGCGGAAAGCUCUAGAAACAGACAAGAAAGACUGGAUAAAAGAGACUGAGCCUGAAGCCGACCAAGAUGGGUACUACCAGACAACACUCCCGGCCAUCGUCUUCCAGAUGUUUGAACAGAAUCUUCAAGUUGCUGCCCAGAUAAGUGAAGAUUUGAAAACAAAGGUACUAGUUUUGUGUCUUCAGCAAAUGAAUUCUUUCUUAAGUAGAUACAAAGACGAAGCUCAGUUGUAUAAAGAGGAGCACCUGAGAAACCGGCAGCACCCGCACUGCUACGUCCAGUACAUGAUCGCCAUCAUCAACAACUGCCAGACCUUCAAAGAAUCCAUAGUCAGCUUAAAGAGAAAGUAUUUAAAAAAUGAAGUGGAAGAAGGUGUGUCUCUGAGCCAGCCAAGCAUGGAUGGGAUUCUGGAUGCCAUCGCCAAGGAGGGCUGCAGCAGCCUACUGGAGGAGGUCUUCCUGGACCUGGAGCAACAUCUCAGUGAGCUGAUGACAAGAAAAUGGCUGUUGGGAUCGAACGCUGUAGACAUCAUUUGUGUCACCGUGGAAGACUAUUUCAAUGAUUUUGCCAAAAUUAAAAAGCCGUAUAAAAAGCGGAUGACGGCGGAGGCACACCGGCGCGUGGUGGUGGAGUACCUGCGGGCUGUUAUGCAGAAGCGCAUCUCCUUCCGCAGCCCUGAGGAGCGCAAGGAGGGCGCCGAGAGGAUGGUCCGGGAGGCCGAGCAGCUGCGCUUCCUGUUCCGCAAGCUGGCGUCUGGAUUUGGAGAAGAUGCAGACGGGUACUGUGAUACGAUCAUCGCUGUUGCAGAAGUGAUUAAGCUGACAGACCCAUCCCUGCUCUACCUGGAAGUCUCGACUCUGGUCAGCAAAUACCCAGACAUCAGGGAUGACCACAUCGGCGCGCUGCUGGCCUUGCGAGGGGAUGCCAGCCGGGACAUGAAGCAGACCAUCAUUGAGACACUGGAGCAGGGGAACACACAGGUGAAUCCAAACUAUGUGCCCAUCUUCAGGGAAAUUAUAGUUCCCAGUCUGAACGUGGCCAAGCUCCUCAAGUAGCCUUUCAGGUUCUGUCUGACCUGUGGUUGGGGCGCAUCUUCAUCUCACGAUCUUCAUCCCAUGUGCGACAUCCAGUGUGACUCAUGUUGCCGAGAUCAAGGCUGCCUGACCGACAGGUGCUCUGGUGGCACGUUCUGACCCUCUCAUCUUGUUGUGGCCCAGCUUUGUGGGCAGGAUCCUGGCUGACUUCUGGUUCACCUCUCGUCUCACUCCCUUCUGUAGUAUCAGCACUUCCGAUGCUGCUGUUCAAUAAAAGUAAACGCUGUGGGGAAUGAG